CUCAAGGAGGCUACAUAAGGUCAUAGGGGUCCAGAGACCUUGUAGUACUUUUUACACUGUAGCUUUUAAACAUACCACUUUCAUUUGUAUACUUUGUAACGCUGCACUUUCAAUGAGACAAAAACCAGUAACGGACUGACUUUCUGGAAAACACCGGGGAAGUGGUUGUGAUUUUUAUUUCUGCGGGAACAUUGGGAUUAUGGAGUAUCUUGGAGAUAAGCUGACGGUGGCACACACUCACAUGAAUCAAUGGAUGGGCACCAUGCGAAGGUCCCUACAGGAAGCCCUCAGUGUGAUGUCAACUGCUGUCGCCCACGAGCGGACUAGCAUCGAUGGGGGAAGUAGGAACCCCUUCAAAAGGACAUCAUCGUUCCGACACUUCGCCUCCCGCAGUCGGGAAUCCUUCCGGAGGUUUUCAGUCAGGAGCCAGCAGCGGUUCUCUUCCCUGAGGAAAAGGCAUGCGACUUCCGACCAGACUGACCCUGAGCAAGUGAAACAGUGCUUCACGAGAACCUCUUCAACCCACAAGGACACCGAUUCCCUUGUUCCAGAGCCCGACCGGCGCUAUGGCACAUGGAGCCAUGACCAGCAACAGAAUGAUGAUGGCUUUGUGCAAGAUUCACCAUCCUUCGAGAAUGUCACCAGCAGGAAGCAGCCAUCACACAGCCGCUUGUCCUCUCUGUCCCAAACGGAAACCGACCAGCACGACUCAAUCACUGACCCGCAUGAUGCCAGCUUGGAUCGUUCCAGCUUGGACAUGGAUUCGACGGAUGGCACAGAGAGCACCCCUUCUUUCAAAGAGGCCAGAUUAACGGAUUUCUCGUUUAUGGAUCAAACGUCGGUCUUGGAUUCCACAGCGUUAAAGAACAGGGUGCAACUUAGCCGGAGGAGCCAACGUCGUGCUCCCAGCCAGUCCCAGCGCAGGAGCCGCUUACUACAGUCCAGUAGCCAGCUUGCAGUGAUAGAGGAUGCAGACAGCCCUUGGAUGUACACAGAUUCUACAGCAGAAAAGGCAGAUAAGAAAGAGGACAGUGAUGAAGAUGAAAAACCACAAAGGAUCUCCGCUCAGCCUCAGAGAGUGCCAAUGUUUCCCGGCAUGAACCCCUCCACCUUGAUGGCCCAGCUCAGGAAAAGACCAGAAAGCAGUGGGGAAUCACCAGCUCAGCCAUCAAGGUCGCCAAAGUCACCUCUCCCACAAGGAACCUUAGGCAUCAAACUCCUUCCCACUUCAACAGAUAAGCAAGACAGAGGGGCAGAGGAAUCCCCCCAGUGGUUAAAGGAGCUGAAAUCAAAGAAGAGACAGAGCCAGUAUGAGAACCAAUCUUAACAGAUCCAAGGCUCAACCAGACGUGGGCACGGCAGUUUUAACAUAAGCCUUAAUCCACCCACCCUUACACAGCAAACCCCACAACCCUCGGCUGUCUUGCUUCGUCUCAACUGCAACAUGUUCGGUGCCUUUCCAUUCUUGCGGGGAAAAAAAAGCUGCUUAGUUAUAGAAAUGGAAAAAAAGUUGUAUUUUAUUGGAGAAGAGAAAGAAAUGUCACUUUAGGACUUGAAUAAAUAUCUACUUGAAAUGGAACUCUUUAAAAGCCAAAGGUCGCUGCUUCUGAUGACCUUUUGAUAUAGAAGGAUUCUGGACAGUGACCACAGAAUUGUCAACGGAAUGAAUGUGUCAAUGUGUUCUGUGAUGUAGAUGAUUGAUGGAUGGGGGGGUGAGACUUUUGUGUUUUGUUUAUGGUAAAUUUCAGUUUCAUUUAUGACUAUCUUUUCUUUGUUUGUCGCUUCGAAUAUAAUUCACUCUUCAGAAGAUUAUUUUCUCCCUCCCAGAGUAUAUACAUAUAUAAAUAUAUAUAUAAAGAACAAAUUGUUUACUGCCAAAACAAAAAAAAAAACCUUGACUACUUUUUGUAAAAUACUUUUUAAUAAUCGGUAUGAGAACACAAUGCAUUUUUUAUGUUUUCUUGGUGAUUUUAAGUUUGGGUCUGGCACAAUAACACUUUUACCUAAA